AUCUAUCUUCUCGAAACAACUAUUGCAGCCGCAAGGAAAUUCAUCCCCUCUCCGUUGCAUUGCAAAUACUACACCCUACAACAGAAUCCAUGAGGCCAUUGGCGGCUCUUCUUGUAGGUGUAGCCACCGCCGUGCUGCUGCUGUGCGGCGCGGACGCCACCGUGGAAACGACCUGCAGGGCGGCGGCCGACAAGGACCAGCAUGUCAACUACGAGUUCUGCGUGCACGAGCUGAGGAAGCACCACUGGAGCUCCGACGCGGACGCGUGGGGCCUGGCCAAGAUCGCCGCCAACAUGGGCGUCAACAACGCCUACGGCGCCGUCAGCGACAUCGAGGGUCUGCAGGCGAAGCCCGGCGCGGACGCCAAGACGAAAGCGGCGCUCGAGCGGUGCCACAAGCUGUACGAGAGCCAGAAGUUCGCGUUCGCCGGCGCCUACGACGAGAUCAACGGCCGCGACUACGCCGCGGGCAAGGCGGAGGCGGCCAAGGCCGUUUCUCUGGCGCGCCAGUGCGACGACGCCUUCGCCAAGGCCGCCGUCCCGGUCCCGUCGCCUCUGACGCAGCGGAGCUCCUACUCCGUGCAGAUAGCGACAGUGUGCACGGCCAUCACCAACCUUAUCAAGUGAGAUGAAUAAGCGGCGUGUCGAUCCAAGUCGUGGCGAUCUAGUAUUCAAGUUUUGACUUUGAGAGCUCUUCAAGAUUGUAACCAUUACUUGGAAAUAACGUAUCUUUGGAAGUUAACUACUACUACUAGGAAGAAAUAAAAUGUGCUUCGUUUAAUUGCAGGUUUAGUUUUGCUUAAUGGAGUUCUUCUCAAUUGGUAAAAAAAAGUGGAGUUCUUCUCAA